UGAUUUCGUCAUUGUUAUUGUGUUGCUUGGAGGACGCUGCAGCUGAUCGGGUCUCAGGGAAUAUUUCGCCACAUUUAAACUUUUAGCCACGUUGGUCAACGCUUAAAACGAAGGAGGAAGCCAAGCUGUGCCAUGUCGAUACCAAAGGACGCUCCUUCGGAGGAGAGUUUGCAAGGUUCGUGGGUGGAGUUCCACUUUACACAAAGCAUCAGUCGCCACGGAAGCCAGGAGCUCGUCAUGCCCACGUCCACUCAGCAGGAUGACGUGGAAAACAUGCUGCUGGACGCCCAGCACGAGUCGAGCAGGAGCAGCUCAGGUGGAAGCUCGGAGUGCAAUAGCCCACGGAGAGCACUGACCCCCCUUGUGUGGAAAGGCUCUGGGGGAAGCAGCUUGCAGUCGGACGAGGACCUUCAGGAAAGAAGACAGGAAGUAGAGAUGAUGAUGAAGAAAAACGCAGACUGGAUCUGGGACUGGUCCAGUCGACCCGAGAACAAUCCGCCAAAGGAGUUCCUGCUCAAGCACCCCAAGCGCGCCACUGCGCUCAGCAUGCGCAACAGCAGCGUCAUGAAGAAGGGCGGGGUCCUCUCGCCCGACUUCCUGCAGCUCUUCUUGCCCUCUUUAAUCAUCUCGCAUAUACUCGCCAUCGGCCUCGGGAUAUACGUCGGGAAGCGUCUGGCGUCCCACAGCACCCUCUGAGAAGUGUUGCAUUCGGACCUUGAUGAGACCUCGUCAUGCCUUGAAAUGAUGAGGGAUCGAAUGUGAAAAAAAAUCAAGCCACCGUGGGCCAAGUGACUGAAACGCCUGCAGCCCCUCUCGGGACUCAUCUAAACUGUCCUCUGGUUUUUCUGCCACUUCCUCAAAGAUCUGAACGUUUUAGGAACUGCUGCGUUGUACGUCUAUGAAUCACUUGAUCGAAACUGGUCAAUUGUUUGUAUUACCGGUACUAUUGUGUCAUUUGUAUCCAUGUACUGUGAUUACUUCACUACAAAUUAUGCUGCGAUAUUUGUCAACAAAAGAAAAUGUGACGCACAAACAUGGUCCAUGAGAUUCAAUAAAAGUUGAAAAAUGCAUGCGGCUUUUGCGAGUGAUGUGAAAGGAAAUCCGCCCAAAAGAUGAACACAAUUAAAAUUUUAUUGAACUUUGGUCAAAAUAAUAAAACCAGUGAAUACAUUGCCACCAUAUGAGGAAUCAAUGGACAAAGACAAUGCGUUGUGUGUUUCGUUUUGAACGUACGUCUAAAUUUUCGGAGGAACUUCCCCGUAUUAGGAAGGAGACGGAUGAGGGCUGUCAACACUCCUAAGAUUGGGAGGCACUCUUAUCGCCGACGCGUAUGGGUGCAAUGUGUAUUCGUAGCAGCGGCGUUAAUGUGGACAUCACGCGUCAAAGAUCGGAAUUAACUCAUAAUGCACGUGAGGUUCGGGCUGGGAGGGGGGUCGGAACUUGUAGCUGUCACUCAUAGAAAGUCGGAAUUAAGGCUGCAGGUUCCCUUUGUCCGUCUUGUGCCCAUGUGCUUUACCGGCCCACAAAAAAACCAAAAAAUAAAACGCGCUCUAAAAUCAAGAGGAACUUGGAACACACACACACGCGCGCACACAUUGACACACACACACUUAGUUGUGUCCAACAGUGGUUGUGGAACUGGUAGCCCCAAAAUGGUAGUUCAUUAGAAAUCUACAAAAAAAAAAAAAAAAACAGUGCUGCGACUGGACAUGUUCCAUCUCUACAACAUAAAAACAUGCAAAGCAAUAUACAUCGAAAUUUAAAAACACAUCUGUCGUUUUAGUUUCUUUUUAUUAUGUGGAUGACAAGGUGUACUUGAGUAGAUACAGUCAGUGAAAUCAGGUCACUGUAUUGAUGGGUGGAGGGAGAACGUAAGUACGAGAAGGGGAAAGA